ACAUACCAAAGCAGGCUGACUGCUGACACACACACAUUCACCCACACAGGAGCUUGUUCACUCUUCGUCUGCUCCAAUAUUUGUCUCACUUUUCCUCACAGUCGGAGCAACAACAGCAAGUUUAUUGCUAACUUCCCGGAAACGUCUGUGUGACUGACAAGUCGUUGGAACACAAAGAUGUAUCUGCCGUUGUCAGUGCUGAUAUGCCUGUCAGUCUUCCAGCUUUGUGCUGGAGAUCCGCCUGUGGAGGAAGCCAUUGUAACCAGAAAAGUGACUCCUCUGGGCGGCUGGGUUGAGAAAAGUCCAGAGUCAAAAGACAUUCAGAAGGCCAUUCAGCAUGCUGUGGAAGUGUUCAACACACGCUCCAAGGCCAAGAGGUUGUACAAAGCGGUCUCUGUUACCAGCGCUAAAUCUCAGGUGACUAAUAUGAUCAGCUAUAAGAUCCAGAUGGUCCUUGGAAAAACCCAAUGUCUCAAAUCUGAAAACCAUGACUUGGAGAGCUGCAUUUUGAAUAAAAAGCAACUGAAGUGCCUCUUUGAGCUGACUUUGAACCCCCGCACUGACAAGUAUGAGCUGCAUGCUAAAAACUGCAACAAAAUUGUGAAGAAGGUUUAAUUCUUUUUUUUACGGAAUCGACAUUUUUUUAUAGCUUCAUAGUUGUGACUGGUUUUAAAAAAUACUUUCAGUACAUACUUACAGCAACACGUUAAAAGUAAUUCAAUGGAAAAAGUAAAACUGGAUGCAGAUUAAAAGUGAUUUGGGUUGAAAAAAAUCAACAAGUUAAAGACAUUUAGCUUUAGUAACUGUUGCUCAAAACUUAUUAAAUGCAUUUUGAUUUAGAAUUCAUGUGUUUUUGUGACACUUGCUUGUACGUUGAACUCAGCGAUAAACACCAAAAAAUAAAUCAUCUCUUGAUUAAAAAAAAAAAAUUAUUGCUUGUCGGGAGAUUGGAGACUGUUCAAGUGUAAAUAAACAAUUAUAUAUUUCAUACUUUUAAAAACCCUUUUAAAUAACAUCAUUUUAAAAGUUGUUUUCAUUCUGAUGGCUUGUUAUCUGCAUAUUUUUUAUUAUAGGUAAAUAGGAUAAUACUAAUAAAUAAAAAGACAUCUCUCAUAUAUUUUACUUCAAGAAAACACUCAGAGGGUCAAGUUUUUCAGCAGCUUUAUAAUCUGUUUUAAUCUGUGCAAGAGGGAAGAUUGGCUCCAAACAAUACUAUGUCAUCCACAAUUAUUUGAAACCCUAAUAAAGAUAUGAACACACCUAAAAA